UAUAAUGUUAAUGCAAAAUACUUAUGUUGGGACAGGUGAACAAGGUCUUCCUGAUUUUCCAGACAUUAAAUGGUAUUCAGAACAUGUGCGUAAGAGCCAAUACUUGCUUCAAAUUGUAAAAUGUAGAAAUACAGAAUGCUGUCGUCCAAGAAGUGGCCUAUUUAGAUUACUAGACAAUAUGUUUCUUCCACCACCUAUAAAAGUAAAACAAACAGUUGAUGACUUGGUUUUGGAUGAAGGAGGGCAGUUUCUUAAUCUUCCAGACAAUUUAGCUCUACGCUUAAGUGCUUCACUCAAAGAUUUCCUGCAAAUGCCCUACGAUUAUUUUUGUCCUACGGCACCGAGCAAGGUAGCGACGAAAGCAGGAAGGUCGAUGAAGUCGACUGCUUGGUUGGCGCUGGAGCUUGCUGCUAACAAAGGGAACGUUACAUUGCGGAAAACGACCGGUUGUUGUUCAAGAAUAAGCUUUGCUGCGAAAAGCGGGGAGAGGAAAAUUCAGGAACGCGUGACGUACGUUGAGAUCGAUGAUGAGAUGGCUGGAGCAUUUAAAAUCCAUCAAUACCGCCCGAAACACGAUGAACCGUCAAACUUCAACUUCUAG